AUGGUGGAUUGCUAUGAAGUUCUAGGCAUGCAGAGACAUGCCUCACCUGAGGAUAUUAAAAAGGCAUACCGUAAAUUGGCACUGAAGUGGCACCCUGAUAAAAAUCCUGAGAAUAAAGAAGAAGCAGAGAGAAAAUUCAAACAAGUAGCUGAGGCAUAUGAGGUGUUAUCAGAUGCUAAAAAACGGGACAUCUAUGACAAAUAUGGCAAAGAAGGAUUAAAUGGUGGUGGUGGAGGUGGAAAUCAUUUUGACAGUCCAUUUGAGUUUGGCUUUACAUUCCGUAAUCCAGAUGAGGUCUUCAGGGAAUUUUUUGGUGGAAGGGACCCAUUUGCUUUUGACUUCUUUGAAGACCCAUUUGAGGAGUUUUUUGGAAAUCGAAGAGGCCUCCAUGGAGCCAGAAACAGGGGCACAGGAUCUUUUUUCUCUUCCUUCAGUGGAUUUCCAUCUUUCGGAGGUGGAUUUCCUUCUUUUGAUACAGGAUUUACAUCAUUUGGUUCUCUGGGGCAUGGGGGCCUUACUUCAUUUUCUUCAACAUCCUUUGGUGGUAGUAGGAUGGGCAACUUCACAUCUAUAUCAACGUCUACUAAAAUAGUUAAUGGCAGAAAAAUCACUACAAAGAGGAUUACUGAGAAUGCUCAAGAAAGAGUAGAAGUUGAGGAAGAUGGCCAGUUAAAGUCCUUAACAAUAAAUGGUGUGGCAGAUGAAGAAGCCUUUGUAGAAGAAUGCAGGCGAAGAGGACAAAAUGCCCUGCCUUCCCAGCCAGCCAAUGUCCAUUCGCAGAAGUCUCACAGACCUGCCACUUUACCCAAACAUGUAUCUAACUAUAUUUGUGAGGAGGAGAAUGAGCAAGAUAAACCUCAGGUCACCAGCAACUGGGAUCCCUCCAUUUUUUCCGCAGGAUUCAAAGAAGGUGGCAAGAGGAAGAAGCGGAAGCAGAGAGAGGAGCAGAAGAAGAAGAAGUCGACCAAAGGGAAUCACUAGACUGGACUUACCAGACACAUGCACACUUUUGCACCAAAUGCUCACAUAACGUUGGAGCACGGGCCUGGGUUCUGUGUGUGUUUUGGUUGUACACACUCGAGAUAGAAGUCAUCUUAUUUAAUACUCCAUACCAAGAUCACACUUAUUUUUAGCAGGUCUGUGGACACUUGAUCACUGUAGAUUAGGGAUGUCAGAAGAAGUGAGUUGAUGAUAAUGGUUGACAAUGAUUGAAAUUUGGAACACAGCAUAGACUUAAUUUUGCUUUUCCC